AUGUAUUCGUGUAAUCAGCGAACGAUAUCAGUGAUACGUGUAAUAAAUAGACGCAGUCAUUUGAUUUUUUGGCGACCUAUUUCACUCACACUGUAUGUCAGAUUCUUAUGAUAUUUCCAUACAAUAUAUCCUGUACAAUAUCCUUAAACAAAUAAAAAUUAUAUUGCGCGCUUACAACAUCGAAUUCAUCUUUAUGUUUCGUCAAUCUUAUUUUUAUAUCUGUUUAUGAAAUGCUCAUAAGAUUGUUAACGAUCGCGUUUAAUUUUCGUAUGAUCUCAUCCCGAGAAUGUGCCGAUGCAUAAAAUGACUGUAGAGAUUUAGGACAAUCAUUAAAUUUGCAAUAAAUAUGUAAAUAACGAUUUAUUCACAAAGUGAUGGCCCAGAAUUUUCAGCACCGAAACUUUCUACGAUCGUUACGUCAUUCCAAACAUGUGUCGCGACAGGACAGAUACGAAUUAAGUAAUCAGUGUUUCGUUCCAGUGGGCAUUUAAAAAUAAUGUGCGAUCCAAUUGUAAUUAUCAACUACAAUUUUGGAAUAGAGCAUCAGUUUCAAAGUAUUCAUGUCUCUUUUAUCUAAACGUAUAACGUUUGCUCGCGAAUAAAAACAAUAUAUUAUUAACAAUUUGAUAUUAAUCUAAUAUCUUUUAUUAAUGCCGAAUUAGUUUACAUGCCGUUAAUUCACAUAUAUCAAUCAGUUAAAUAAUUCAUUGUAAUUAAAAAUGAAGAAAUAUUACAACGUGAUUGACUUACAUUUUCACGCUUGUAUCAAUUCUCGAGUGACUUUUCAACUCGACUAAUCGAGAAAUUUUUUCAAAGAUUGUGUAAUCUCAUAAUCUCUGAUUAGUUUCGAGCAAAGCUUGCAUUGUUUAUCGGGCAAAAGGAGUUUUCGUGAAGAAAUAUCGUGAAACGAGAAAACAAGAGGAAGGAGAAAAGUGGAAAUCUUUUGGAUAUCUUGUGCCAAUGGCACCGACGGAAUCAUCGCGACACUCGCAACACAUCCACUCCGAAAUGACCAAUCUGACAUCCCGUCGUUAUCACCGACCGACGUAAAGUCGCGCCGUUCGGAAUCGGAGCGCGUGACACUUUAGUACAUGCGUUUGCACGCAUCUACGCACACGCGCGCGCGCGGCCGAGUGGUGUGUCUCGUCUCUUCGGCUCUCUUUUUCCUUUCGACUUCGGAUCUUCUCGGCAGUCGGUGACAGUGAUUCGAAAAGAUAGAUAGAAAGUGUGUGCGCGCGAAUAUGGAAAAAGCGUGUAAAAAUUGUGACGGAUCCGAUCCCAUAUGUAACCUCAUGUGGAAUUUCUUCUCUGCGAGUGUUUCCCGCGUAGACUUGGCCACGCAUGCGUACGCAACGCGCGAUUACACAUAUUUAAACGGCACGACAAUGUCGACGACGAUAGCUAACAAAACGGAAGAGCAGAUCUUCGACGCGAGCAAAUUGCAGCAAAAUGGUCGCAACUGCAACAAGAUUGAGGAGCUGCAGCUCGAGGACAUUAACGACAAUAACAAUGAUGAGACCAUCGAAGUGGAAAUGGUGGUACCACCUGACGGAGGAUGGGGCUGGGUGAUCGUCGCAGCCUCUUUCAUGUGCAACUUUUUCGUCGACGGUAUCAUCUUCAGCUUCGGCGUAUUCCUGAAUGAGAUCGCGGAUGCAUUUUCCAUAUCGAAAGCGAGAGUCGCGCUCGUCGGCUCAUUACAAACUGGAUUUUAUCUCAUGGUUGGUCCCUUCGUAUCUGCCCUCGCCAACCGAUACGGGUUUAGACUAGUGGCGAUAUUAGGAAGCGUAAUAAGUUGCAUCGCCUUCGUCCUUUCGUAUUUCAGUACCUCUAUCGAAUUUCUCUACAUUUCUUAUGGCGCUAUCGGUGGUAUCGGUGCGGGACUGAUAUACGUACCAGCCGUAAUAACCACCGGAUUUUAUUUCGAAAGAUGGCGAGCCUUAGCUACAGGUAUCGCAGUAUGUGGCUCUGGUAUCGGUGCAUUUUUACUUGCGCCGAUUUCGGAUAUACUCAUAAAGAAUUUCGGCUGGAGGGGAGCUCUGUUAUUUCAAGCAGGCAUGCUGUUAAAUUGCGCCAUAUUCGGCGCAAUGUUCCGUCCUUUGAAACCAACGCGGAUUAAGGUGAAGAACACCCCGGAAAACGCCGCGCUCGAGAUAAAAACCGCGUUGAUGGGAAAGGGUGUGUCAACGACCUCGUUACACUGUGUGCAACCGAAUAGAAGCGGUUUCUUCGGCACGAAUAAUAACACGGAAUAUCCGACGGCAGCGGAACUUUUCGGAAGUAACCCUAAUAUAGUAAACGCGUCCAAGUCCUUGUACUCGCUGCACAAGGUGCACGUGGACACGCAGACUUUGGAGAGGAAGGUGAGCACUUCGGAGAAACGGCUAUCCGCCCCGAUAUAUCCCGACUUGGAUGUUGUAAAUAACGAAGAAAAGAUCGCCGAAGAGAACAAUCUGCUCAGCGGCGACUUGGAACGAUUAAACGGAAAAGUACCAACGAUCCGCCGACAUACGAUUAGCGGAAGGCGUCUUCGAGCGAAUUCGGAAUGCAGUCAAAAAUCUCUUAGAAUGGGCAAACGAAAUCCAAAAGAUCCGCAGAGACCAUUUUAUAGAGACGAUAUUUUUUAUGGUGGCUCUUUGAACAGACUUUCUCAUUACAGAUCGCAGCAAUCAUCGGUCGGUUAUCACAUGUCAGUGACGCGAUUGCCGACGGCAACGGAUGUGGCCGAAGAAGAGAGUGGAAGUUGCUACCUGUGUCCAGAAAGCGUGCGACGAAUUCUGACCACAAUGCUCGAUUUAAGUCUUCUAAAAAGCCCUUCUUUUCUAAUACUAGCGAUUUCUGGCGCCCUCACCAUGAUGGGCUUUUAUACGCCUUUUAUGUACGUGCCAGAUCGAGCCAUAAAGGCUAACAUCGACGCUUCUACGGCCAUGUUCCUCGUUUCGGUAAUUGGUAUCGGUAACACUAUCGGUCGUAUCGUUUGUGGUUUAGCAAGCAGCUUGCCUGGAGUCAAUGCUCUAGUCGUGAAUAAUAUGUUUAUCAGCGUCGGCGGUUUAGUCACAAUAUUGUCCGGCAUUUCUCUGACGGAGGGAUAUCAAUUCUUUUAUGCAGCCAGCUUUGGCCUCAGUAUAUCUGUCUUUGCCUCUCUGAGAUCAAUUCUCGUUGUGGAUCUGCUCGGUUUAGAAAAACUGACGAACGCUUUUGGACUACUUCUUCUGUUUCAAGGCGUGGCAGCGACUGUGGGCGCACCUCUCGCAGGUGCGUUCAUGGAUGCGACUGGAAGUUACGACGCCUCGUUCUAUUUAUCCGGCAGCUUGAUGCUCGUAUCAGCUGUGAUUUGUUAUCCGCUAAAAAGAAUCAACAUGUGGGAAAGGCGUGACGAAAAGCAUCCAGUUGCGACGGAUCUCUCCGCGUCCUGAUUGAAGACGCAAUGCUAUGCCAUACUCAAUAUACUCCGUUACGCCUGCUUAUAUGCAUUAUACAUAUUAAUGCGUAAUUUAUAGCAUGCGUUCGAAUCGAAAAUGUAAUUAUAUCGUAUGCGUUCACGCCACCGAAUGAGUCAAAUAAACAAUCGAUCUCGUGGCGCGAUCGUUCGCGGUUGCUCGCGCUUAAAAACAGCUUCUUGGAGCAGAAUCCGAUUUUGUGUCUGGAAAAUUUUUUCAUCUUAUAAGAAGCGAAUACGCGAAAGAAAAGUGCCUUUGAAUGCUUGUAAGCAGCACGACGAAACUUUAAUCGUUUUCUUUGAUUCCUUAACAGGAUUGUAUUUCAUGAAGCGAUACAAGAAUUUUAUCAUUAUGUAAUUAUAAAUUUCUAGUAAGGGAUCUAUGCAUUCCGUUGAACAGUGAUUCCAUUUUUCUGAUAUUAUAUAGAAUGUUUCUCUUCUUUCGAAAUAAUAAAAAAAUUGUUACAAAGUUGAAUUUGAUGAACUUUUUAACUUUCUAUAAAAAUAGAAAAUUACUUUUACGCACACACACACAUACACUCUGUUAAUCUCUGUAAUUGCUCCUUCUAUUUACUUUCUAUCUAUUAGCAAAGAAUAGAUCAUAAAAAUAUGAUAGGAAAAGCCACUUUUCAUGAAAUAGGACCCAGAUUCGAUUACAUUUACCUACGUCUUCAUUUAAUGUCAACAAGACACAAGAUAUUUGUGCUUCAUAUUUGGUGCAAAAUUUAAUUAUUAAAAAUUUGUGAAAUUUUAAAUUUAUUAUUUAAAUUAUGUUAUGCAUAACUUUCGGAAAACUUCCAUUUAAAUUGUUAAUUUACUAAUUCACUAUCAAACACGAUUCGCGAACAACAUGAAAUUAUUAAGGUAAUUGUGACAUCACAUUUGACUACUACUCAAUAAAAAGGUGCUAGUAUAAUCAUAUCAUUUAAAUGUAAUAGUAAAAAUAAUAUUUAUCAUUAUUUAUAAUUAUAGGAUUU